GAGGGGGGGAAUGAUUCAAUUAUUUGAUCAGACCUAACACUUACCUUCAUGUGCAAAUCAAAAGUAUUUCUAUUUUAAUAUCAUAUGUACAGAAUAUAUGGAUCCUGGUUCACUACCUUUGCUUAAUACCUCUGAGUGUAAUCAGGAUUUGCAUUUUCAUCCAAGAAUAUUAGUAAAAUACAGGGAGCUUAAAGAGCCAGGAACCAUCUGCUUUGCUUUAGGAAGGAAAGGAGUCCAAACAGGUCAAGGUUACUUGAGGUCAAGGAACGUGCUGAAGGCACAGAGUCUGUAGGAUCGAGGGGAUGACGGAGCCGGUUGGAAAGUUCAAGGUUUCCUAGUCCAAGAUUCUCACACAGCAGCUCUCCAGGCACCUCUGAAGGCAAGGGAGAGUCUGAGUGAGACUUCAACAAAGCCUUCUUCUGCUUUGCAGAGAGUUGGAGAACCACUGCUUCCAAGUAUUUAUAGUUCCUACUGCACCCUGAUCACAACUCUUCUGACCACUGGCUAGUUUAUAUAAUAGAUCGACCACCCCAAACAGUAAGCUACUUGAGAGCAGGAGCUUGUUUGUUUUUUUCUUCCCUGUACCUACAGCAAAAUGUCUGACGUGUAUGGCAAAUGCCAUAGCAUUUGACGAGGGAACCAACCAGGUAUUGGUACUUUUCUUCCUCAUCAUAAUGUUGUGUGUUGACCUAGGCUACAGCUACCUUUGACUAACACGGACGAGCAUGAGUUUCAGCAGCUGUCUGUAUGAAAUUGGGGAAGCGCUGAACAGCUAUGAGGUGGCCGCGCUCAAGUUCCUGAGCCUGGACUACAUCCCACCAAGGAAGCAGGAGCCCAUCAAGGACGCCUUGAUGCUCUUCGAGAAACUCCAGGAGAAGAGAAUGCUGGAGGAAAGCAACUUGUCUUUCCUGAGGGAGCUGCUAUUCCGAAUCGACAGGCUGGAUCUGCUGGAAAAGGGCCUGAAGACCAGCAAGGAGGAGAUGCAGAAGGAGCUUCAGAUCCCGGGCCGGGCUCAGAUCUCUGCGUACAGGGUCAUGCUUUUCCAGAUUUCAGAAGACGUAACUGCACAGGAAUUGAAGGACUUUAAGUUUUUUUUGAACCAGGAGCUCUCCAGAUACAAACUGGCAGAAAGCAUGAGCUUGCUUGAUAUUUUCAUGGAGAUGGAGAAGAGACUCAUCCUUGGGGAAAGAAAUUUGGACACCCUAAAAAAAAUCUGUAGACAAAUCAACCUGAGCCUGCUGGAUAAAAUCAGUGCUUAUGAAGAAUUAAGUAAAGACUAUCCUCGAGAGCAGGAGAGUGAGCCCCAGGAACAAAACUGUGAGUCGCCGCGGGAGCAGAACUGUGGGCCCCGGGAGCAGGACACUGAGUCCCGGGAGCAGAACUGUGGGCCCCGGGAGCAGGACACUGAGUCCCGGGAGCAGGACUGUGAGCCACCGCAGACAGCGGACAAAGUUUACCGAAUGAAAAGCAAACCUCGAGGAUACUGUGUGAUCUUUAAUAAUUAUGAUUUUAGCAAAGCACGGGAGAACGUGCCCAAACUUCACAAAAUAAAGGAUAGAGAUGGAACAGACUUUGAUGAAGAAGCUUUGAACAACAUCUUUAGUGAGCUUCAUUUUAAGGUAGUGCGUUACAAAGACGCCACAGCAAAGCAAAUCUGUGAGAUCCUGGAAAGCUACCAAAGCAAGGACCACAAAGACAAAGACUGCUUCAUCUGCUGCAUCCUUUCCCAUGGAGACAAGGGCAUCGUCUAUGGCUGCGAUGGGCAGGAAGCCCCCAUCUAUGAGCUGACCUCUUACUUCACUGGUUUGAAGUGCCCUUCCCUUGCAGGCAAACCAAAAAUCUUUUUUAUCCAGGCUUGUCAAGGGGAUAACUUUCAGAAAGGCAUAACUGUUGAGACCGACUCAGAAGAGAAUGAUGCUUAUUUAGAAAUGGACUCAUAUCAGAAGAGAAAUAUCCCAAAUGAGGCUGACUUUCUGCUGGGGAUGGCCACUGUGAACAACUGUGUUUCCUACCGAAGCACCGAAAAGGGGUCCUGGUAUAUCCAGUCACUGUGCCAGAGUCUGAGAGAAAGAUGUCCUAGGGGUGAUGACAUUCUCACCAUCCUCACUGAGGUAAACUUUGAAGUGAGCAGUAAGGACGACAAGAGGAAUAUGGGGAAGCAGAUGCCACAACCCACUUUCACUCUGAGAAAAAAACUCUACUUCCCCCUUGAUUGAUCUAUAACACUAUGCUUAAUUUUUGUAAUAUUAUGCUUUUACUUUAUCCUAUCAUUUAUUUGCAUAACACUAUGCUUAAUUUAAUUGUUAAUAAGAUGCUGCUUCCCCCUCCCCCAUUUAUUUUAUGUUGUUAAUCCUCACCUGAGGAUAUUUUCCCCUUUUCGAUGGGUUGCUUCCUGUAAGCCCCAAGGUACGUGCCCUUGACCAAAUUGAACCUGGGAUCACCCCCCAGUUUUUGAAGGCAGAGAGGGGAGAGAAUGGGAGUCAAUACAAUUUAAUUUUUAGGCAAAUUGAAGCCUAAAUUUCUGGCUUUGCAACAAUAGCCAUAAGCAUGAUUUUAAUUGUAUUUUUAAUUUGAUAAAAUAGUUU